UUCAUUAUCCAAAUCAAGAGGGUAAUUCAGUCAUUUGGAUAUUGAUGAGUUGUGGAAUCAAAAAAGGCAUAAUUUAGUGAUGUUUUAUUAGCAAACCAACAACAAUAUUAUGUUUUAAAUAUAAGAAACAAGCCACAUUCAAAUAGAGUGUUCCCAUGUUACAAAUACUAAUAAUGCUCAAGCAGAAAGGGUCCCUAAACCCUCUGUUAGUACUUGUCAGAAUGAAACAUAUUAGCUUCAUUCAAAUUUCAACAUCAGUCAAACAAUUGAGAAUAAGCAAAAAAAAAAAAACCUCUGCAAACAAAGCAAACUAAACAAAUAAGGGAGAAUAUUUCUGGUUUGAUUUCAUCGACUCUUCUCUUUGCAAUGUGAACUUCCUUUUUAUGAAAGCAAAAUCAUAAGAAUGUUUCUUCUUGUGAUUAUUGUUAGAAUAUGGUCCAAUAAAAGGUUUGCAGUGAACUUGGUAUUUUAGCUGAUCGUGUCAAAUCUGACAUGGGAAGAGGAACGGAUGGAAUAAAGAAAAUGAAAAGGUCGAAUUCGGUUAAGCUUUCGGAUUUGGAGGCUAUACAAUCAUCACUUCCAAGGAGGAGCUUAUCUCAAUCAAGAAAGUUGUUACCACUUCAUGUUCCAACCACUGCAGCAGCCCCACAAAAGCAGAAGCCUUCGAUGAGAAAGUCGGUCAAUUAUAUGAAACCCACCAGAAGUUCAGAUGCAAAAAAGGUGCUUUUGCCAGUGACUCUUCAGAAUAACCAAUGUGGUUCAGAUAGUAAGAAUCUGCGACCAAAAUGUUCGAGUAGUUCAAAAUCUAGUUCUGUUUCUAACAAAAACACGGCAAAAACUAUGUCAAAAUCAUCUAGUAUGAAAUUGGUGAGAACAUUAGCAAAGACUAGUUUUAAGCCAAGUCCAACGGCAGUGCUGCGUGCAGAUAUUAAUGCAACAUACAGAGCUACCUGCUCUUCAACAUUGAAAGAUUCCAAGUUCCCUGCACACCUUGUGCUUAAUACUGGAGGAAGUGAGUCAGAGGGAGUUUCGGUCAUGAAGGUUUGUCCAUAUACAUAUUGCUCUCUCAAUGGAAACCACCGUGCUCAUGGAAGGAGGCGCUUUCUGGAGAAUCGAAAAAGUAUAAAGCUGGAAGCUUCUGAAAGAUUGAAGGUGCCUUGUGAGAAGAGGAAGAACUUUGAUAUUGAACAGACUGACUAUGAUGGAAAACCUGCAUGCGAUGAAGCUGGUAAGGGUAAUCCAAUAAUCAUUCCCUUAAUACCAGAAAUUGGUAUAGAUUUUUUGAAUGAAGUAUAUGCCGAGGAAAGGGAAAAAGCAUACAAAGUGGGAAAAUCUGACACUGCCAAGCACCUUGAGGAUCAAGAAGGUAUCAAGUUUGCAAUGGCGGUGGAUGGCAACAUAGCAGAAAAGGAAGGUAUUUGUCAAGUAACUCCAUGUUUGCCUUGUGAUGAUCUUACGAAGUCUGAGAUCAAUCCCAAGGUGGAAUUCAAAAACUACUUUGACACUUCUGAAAUUGAAGUAGAUACCAAGGAAAGCUUUCACCAUGAACUAAACUCUGAAGAUGCACACAAAAACCACCCACCUAGCUGUUUUCAUGAAGAAAUAUGCACCGGAAGCUACUGCCAUGAGGUUAGUGACGACGAGGAACAUGUGGAGAAUAUUGAAUUGGAUGAUUCUGAAUCCCAAGGUGCUGAUAUGGAGUGGGAGGAGAAACAAUUUUGUCCAAUCAACCAUAAAGAGGAUAUUGGCUCUUCUGUCAUCACACAUGAGACUGACUCAAAAUUUAAGUCCUUAUCAGAGGGUUCACAUGAUAUAUUUGAAAUGUGGCUAGGUGACAUCCCUAGCAACCAUUAUGCAAACAUUAUAGUUGAAAAAUCAUUGCACGGCAAAGAAGAGAAAAUCACAGAUUUUGAUGCACAACAUCAUGACACAAACUCUGUCCAGGAAAGCACAAGUGAAAGCAUACAGACUGACUAUCCAUCUAAGAGCAUAGAUCACGAGUAUGACCAAUCUUAUUUGGAAGAGGAAGAAUUGCAGUAUCUGAGAAACACAGAAGACAAUAAUAGAGAAAUUGAAAAGCAUGUGGAUAAGGAGGUCAUUUGUGCCUCGGUGGUACUUGAUGAAGAUACAAUUGACACUAGUGAAGUUCACAAUAUCUGUGAAACUCGCAAGAUUGAAGAGAGUCGUGAAGACAGCAACACAAACCUAGAGAGUAAUGAAAAAGAAAUUAGCCAAAGAAACCAAAUUCCCUUAUCUAAUGUGCCUAAAGAGAGAACCAUUAUUGUUCAGGACCAUGAAUUUCUGGAGGAAGCUCAAGUUGCAUCUACUGAGUUCCAGAUCAUAAGCAGCAUAGGUGGUGAAGGGCAGAAUACGAGCAAUAAUAGGCAAUGGCCAGCUAAGAACAAGAGACCUAUGAAAGAUUCUGAGCAAAUGAGAAAGAUCAACCCUAGAAAGCCAAAUUUCCUGCCCUUUGUUCCCGACGCAGAACCAGAGAGGGUUGAAUUGAAGCAUCAAAUGAUGGACGAUAGAAAAAAUGCAGAGGAAUGGAUGCUUGAUUUUUCACUCAGACAAGCUGUCACAAAACUUGCUCCAGCCAGGAAAAAGAAGGUUGCAUUACUUGUUGAAGCUUUUGAAACAGUAAUGUCAACACCGGAAUGUGAAACUCAUACGAGAAACAAUUCACCCUUAGUGCAUGCAAGACCUAUUCAAGCUUGUAGCUAAUGUAUGCUGCCGAGAUAAAAAAAAUAGGCCUAAUUCUUUUUUGAAAGUGUUGUCUUGCUCAGGAAGCAAAGGAGUAAGGCAACCAAGAGAAAGCCAAUCUCCAGGAGAAAUUUGCAAGCCUAUUACAAUUAGUACCAUGUUCUACAACUCCAUUCCGAAGCAUAGAGAAAAUUCAGCUUGCAGAAUUAAGGGAAGAAUGUCUGACAAUUUUUUAUAUGGAAACAGAAACAUAAGAAUGGGAGUUUGUGAUUUCCACUAAGCUUUGUGGACUUUCUCCACCAAUUGGUUUGCUGUAUUCUGGUGUUUUAAUUAUAUGCUAUAUAUACUUUUGUUUUUAUUUUUCUUCUAUGGCUCAUUAUCAAAAACUAAUAGAAUACUGAAAUACGACUGGUGAAUGCUGCCUUCAAUGAUAAAUUCAAGUGAACAGUUUCGAGGUUACAUUACCAAUGGAAGAAUCUAU